UCUACCCGAAGGAUUACUCAGCAUCUGUUUCGGAUUUGCAUGGUCUAAAGAACUAUAAAAAAACAAACAAUUCAUGGGGCUCUUGUUAUUAGGAAAGGAAUGGAUUGCACACCACCAUCCACGCGAUGCUACCUAUUAUACGUGUAAACGUGUCAAGUGGUCCACUUUCCAAACUGAAGGCAGAUAUGUUUUGUUCUAUAUGGAGGGUAGCCAUUUGAAAAAAUGCGUGAAGGCAAUGAAAUUCAAAGAACUUACCUUAUUCCAGGAGAAUAUGUUAACUUAUCCAGAUAAAAUCGGAUAAGUAAUUAACCGCUUCUAUUUACUUGAAUCGGAUCCUUGUCAUAUAUAAUCUAUCGCUUUUAGCGGGUCCUCAAUUUUAAAAAAAAAGCGCUCAAAAUUCGAACUUAUUUCAUAGAUAGCCGGAAAAUUUGCUUCUUCUACUAAUCACAUAUACUUCACUCUGGAGUAACAAAAUCCGGAAUUCAACUUUUCGUUCUACUUUAUAGCAGCUUACUAAGUCGUUAACAUCUAUCAUACAUUGCAGGCCCACGCGAACAGAAGGUAUCAUUUGAUUGAUCCAUUUGUGUCAAUUGAAGACCACGAGUGUUAGUGGAUAAUAAUAGUUAUAUAGAGAGAAAGCAGAGAAGUUCUAUAAUAACUUCUCUGGUUAUAAUAUAAUUAUAUAUAGUAUAUACAUUAUACUUCAUCGAGUAAACGAGCGUUUUCUGCAUUCGAUUGUGGAUUUAGUAACUGACACUAGCAAUCGUCAACUUAAAAUCGAUCAACUUAGCAAAGGAAACGCAUAAAGUUGAGCGUUACGUUUUGUGUCGAUCUGUGAGUGUGACUGCCUAUUAACAUUUUGCCAGAACUUAACCUAAUGUAUAUGUCAGAGUUAACGCCCUUUACUCACCUUGUAAAAUUCAGUAAUAUAGUACAUGCUGGAUUUUUAACUUGUGCACAAGGUCACACUAAGAUUAUAAAUAUAAAAUAAAAAAGUAGCUAAACUAACCGCCAGGGUCUCAAGUAAAGCAAUGCUCGUGUUAGCAUCAUUCGAUCCAGCUCAAGGUAAUCAGAACACUGAUUAUUUACAACAUACAAGCCAAAUCUCACCUCUAUUGAGCUGGACGUACGUUUUUUUACCAACCAACCAUCAAGAUAUAUAUAUGCACCUAUAUAAGGCAACAUUCACCUAUAUUUCGAGCGAGCAGAGCGUCGGCAAGUGAGUUUGCAUUAAGUUUCGCCCAUAAAAUAUUACAAUACUAAGUCUGCAUAAAUUGUGAGCAAAUAAGCAAAACACGACGGAAGUGGCCGAAGCGCACAGCAACGAGAGGUAAGAUCGAUCAGAUAAUGGCUAAAGGGCGACUUUCAGCCUGGCACGUUUCGGUCGAUGAGCGAAACCAACGAGCAAGGUUAUUGCCGAACUUCUGUUCUUCAUAGUACGGUUUUACGGCCAGUGAAAAGUAGUCCCGAUGUAAGUAACGAAGGUGAACAAUUCGAAAAACAUACACAAAGUAUAAUAAAUAACCAGGAAGAAACAGUUGACCGAAAAUCGCUUCGAGGCAGCGAAGCAUCACGAGACGAUAAUCGUUGGCAUCGAACUCAUACCCUGUCUUCCAUUGUUAGGUAACAUCUUGAGUAGCUGAUGUGGAAUUGCGGCGCUGUGCUUUCAGAAGAUUGCUGCAGAAGAGGUGAAAAGAAGGAAAGGGUAAAGAGCGUGUUCUUCUUCGACGCAAACCUGCGUCAUCGCCAUUCUUCCUUAACGUUUUCCUUUCGAUGCUUUGCGCAUUGACCGCGUAUUGUCUCGUGUGCGAAACGAGGCUCCCUGGCUUCCUCACGCUACGCUCGAUCUCUCUUGCAGUUUUUAGCCAUUCUGGUCCCAUUCGAUUCUACCCUUUCUCCACGUCUACCCUUCACCCAGUGCCCAUGAAAAAGUGGCAUGCGUCAUUCCCUUGCCCACGCUCUCCACACGGCAGACCACCGCCGACUAUGGAGUCUGAUUAUCCUUCUGCCCAGCUGCUGCUGUUGCUGGUCGAGAGCAAGUGAAGCCAGCCGAACAAUGCGAUCUGACAAUGCUGUCUGUUUCGUGUUUCUUGUUCGUCGUCCAAUCUAACGCCGCCUGCUUUCGUUCUGGCCUGUUACCGCUGUCGUAAGCGUUGCAGGGGCCUGGUUGUCGACAUUGCUGCCACCGGCGGUGACCCUCUUUCUCGCGGAGCAGAGCCUCCAAGCUCAGAUGACGGCCGCAGCGGCGAGGCGAGGCGAGGCACGUUGUCGAUGAGUAGUGGCCGCAAUCGGAAGCGCUCGUUAGGUCCACGGUAGUUGGUAGACUGGUUGACAACUGACUGAUUGUUCAGCUCCAAUCGUGCCAUACAACAAUGGUUUUGGGACGGACCGAGGGGUGAGCGUACGGACUCAGAGCACUAGCCUGGGUUGGGCAGAGCUGGGCUGACGAUAGUGGUGGCUAGCCAGCAACGACUGCUGGAGACAUCGAAAGCGCGCGGCAGCAGCGGCAAAGGUGAACACAGUCGUUCAGGUAACGCCGCUGGUUGCGGUCGUGAUGGCGCAGUGGCGCUGCUGGUUUCCCUCCCCGUCACAACAACAACAGCAGCCGCCGCCGCCGCCGCCGCCGCCGCACACGCAGGGACUGCUACGACCGCUACUGGCACAGCUGCGAACGCCAACGUCGACGUUAACGUUUGCCGAGCGUCACAUUCAUCUCUGCCUUCGGCGUUGCGUACGGCGAUAGUAACAGCAGCAGUGCCACUAGUGGUGAUGCUGGUUCCAUCUGGCGGCCGUAUUGAGUGCCGCAGCAGCGGCGGCGGCGGCGCCAGCGGCAGCAGGAGUCUUCACACGAGCAGUGCAGGUUGUUGUUUGUUCGUUCGGUCGCCGCACUCUUGUUUUAGUAGAAACAGUGUUACAGGCAGGGCGGUUCCUUGCGCUGGGCACCGAAACUGGUCCUCUGUUCGUUUUUUGUUGCAGCGUACUUGAUCCAGCUGUAAGAGUCAUUGACUCUCAUACGUAUAACGACAGUGUGAUUCAAGUCAACUCUGAAGAGGCCCUAAUGGAACAGCGAAUUCCGCUGUCAAUGUGUGUUUUGAUGUUUAGCAGUGAAGCGCGCCGAAAAGCUUAACUGAGAUCCGGUACAAUUUGACAGCAACGGGAAAAGUCGAAAUAGAAAGCCCGAUACAGAGAGAGAGGUAUCGUUACAUCAAAAGCCGGUAUGAUAUUUCCAUGUACGGUGUUAGUGGUUCUAGUUUUGCAAAGUGUCUAGGAGAUUUCGACAAACAAGUUAGAAUGCUGCAGAAACCACUGCACUAUGGACAAUACAGUUAUCCCCGUAGUGGAUGGUGGAUGAGGUUGUGAUCUUUCUGUCUACAGAGUGGCAAUGAUUUGACUCGUACCAAGGAUCAUUUCCACUUGUUAAAAAUAGUCAAAUCUUACUGACACUUUUUAUAAGAGCCUAAUUUACCAUACGACGAGUUGACAUUUGAUCUUAGAAACUCUCAGGAGUGGGUUAGGGCAAAGACGAGGACACGAGCUUUCGACUUAUAUAUCAGGCAAAAAAAAAUCGUCAGAAGAUGCUACGGCGACGGAUUUUUUUCGUACUUUUUGGCUAUGCAUUGAGCGCUGUGGCCUUGAUAUGUGUGCUCUAUGGUGCUAUAACAAUUCCUAACCCGCCAGUUGAAAGUACGCGCGUCGAUCUCCAGGGACGGGUCGAUUCAUUGCAGCAACGUGUGGGUCAUGCCGAGAUCCUCCUGCAACGUCGGUGGCGGGACGUGCUUCAUGCUGAAGCCGCAAGUGUUGGACCGGCCGGCUCCAGCUCUCUGUCACUGCCUUCGAUCUUCGAUUAUCUUUCUUACCUGAGAAACACAACUCAUCUUGAGCCUGCUUUGCGCAUUGCGGCCAACACCUCAAGAGGCCAUCCUGCUCGUCUUGUUUUCGGUAUACCGUCCGUGAAACGCGAGAUCCAGUCGUAUCUAACGUCGACAGUUGAAAAUCUUAUAGCCAACAUGAGUCCGGAAGAUCGCAGCAUGAGUCUCAUCGUAAUUAUGCUCGCUGACAUAAACAACUCUACAAAGGUCGAGUCGGAAUUAGCUGAAGUACGCGGCGUACUGGAUGAACAUCUGCGCUCAGGCUUAGUAGAGGUCAUUAAUCCACCGUCGCAUUUCUAUCCGCCUAUAGACAAACUCCAACAGCCUACUCUUGGUGACCCCAUUGAUCGGGUGAGAUGGCGUACGAAACAGGCUUACGAUUUUGCAUACCUUAUGAUGUACGCGUCGUCCCGUGGCGAGUACUAUGUACAGCUUGAGGAUGAUAUUUUAUCAAAGCCAGGCUUUGCAACGCAGAUGUUAAAUUUCGCUAAAAAGCAAAUGUCAUCCGGACAUAAAGAUUUCUUUGUGUUGGAUUUUUGUACACUUGGUUUUAUUGGUAAAAUGUUUAAAUGUAUCGAGCUGAUGAAGUUUGCCACGUACAUCUUAACCUUCGCUCAAGAUCAACCGGUUGAUUGGAUUCUAGAUCACUACGUCCAAACAAAAGUAUGCCGUUUCGAUAAGGACGCUAAACAUUGCCGCAAGAUGAAAUCUACCAUUUGGAUCACGCAUAAACCAUCGUUGUUCCAGCACGUUGGAACUCAUUCGUCGCUCAAGGGCAAGAUGCAGAAACUCAAGGAUCGUCAGUUCGGCAGGGUCAGUCUGUUCGUUCCUCAUAGGGACAACGUGCCCGGUGACGUGGUCACCUCAAUGACUACCUACAAACAGUAUACCGUUAAGCGUGCGUAUCUCGGUGAUUCGCUUUUCUGGGGUGUUCUACCGGUGGCUGGGGACCACAUCACGGUCACGUUUCACGAACCGACGAUCCUCGAAAAAGUGCUCUUCCGCAGCGGCGAUGCCGAACAUCCGAACGAUCGUUUCAUUAACGCGACCAUACAGAUUCUACCAGUUGCAUCCGUCGGCAAGAAUCCUCAAAAUUCUAAUCAAGAUUCAGGUAACAAAUCUCUCGAUAUGGCCAAGCCGCAGGCAAAACAUGACGGCUGGCUAGAGCUCAUUCGUUUUGACCCUCAUAAUGGCCUUGCUCAGGCAGGGCCUGUCAGCUACCCGGUGGCAGCCUUACGACUUGUAGUUUUAACAAACCAUGAUCACUGGGGCAUUCUCUCGGAAAUUCAGGUGAAGGGUAGCACAGCCUUUUCUCCGAACAAUAACAAACUUCUGUAGCGUAAGCAUGGCUCAUCUGAUAAGAAUGGUGAGUAGAAAAUUCAAAAUUUGCGAAAUCAAUUAUAGUAUACCUUCAGUGUAUCUGGUAUGGGAGCUUGCAUUGAACAUCGAUCUGUUAAACUUCUUACAUGUAUAUAAAUGCCCCUAAUCUUUGAACAACAUUAGCUGUGAGGUUUGUACUGUGUUACGCGUACGAAUAUUUAUAUGGUUACAUCACCUAGUGAAAGUAGUCUAUUCAAAAAUGGCAAUCCCAGCUUGUACAUAGAUAGUUCUUUACAGUAAUCGCAAUCAAGAUCGCAAAUGUAGGAGUAAAAAUCUAGGAGAAAAAAAAAUAUCGAGUAAGAAAAAGUAGAACAAAGGCGGCAAAAGACGCAUAAACCGCCUUGAGAACCUCAUCGUUCCUCCAUGUUGGACAGAGCAGGUAUUAUUGAUUGUGUGAGAAUGUAAAAUGAUCGUGAUCUCUCUAUUGAGCCUCGCUAAGAAACGUGGAGCCAUGCGACUGCUGAAACCCAGGAACUGUACGCAUUUAAUAAUAUAUAAUUUAAUUCACACUUCUAAUAAGUUAAAUCCCUAUGGGUGUCUGUUGAUCUGUGCACUCUGACUGGAGAAAAUUAUCAUACGACAUAAAUAAACUUCUGAGUCGCACAUUGACAGCAGUACGCCGCUUAUGACCGUUUAUGUCUAUGCCGCCAAUCUAGGCGUGCAUGCAAUAAGAGGUUGCGCAAUAUAACCUGCCUGUUGUUGAAUAGUAACUUUGGAAAGCGGAUUAAGUUGUUACAGCCAAUGCAAAAACCACCCUUAAUGAUAGAUCUUUCCAAAACAUCUACCUCCCUGUAUAUAGGCAUAUAUUUAUAUCUAUAUCGACUCUAGAGUAACAAUUGUAAUGUUUAAAAUAUAAUGAAAGCGUAUAUAUGUUGUUGCGUGCAUAGGCAUGCAACUGAGUCUUGACCGCGGUGCAAUGAACGUACUUAAUACGAAACAAUCUUAGGCAAGAAGUCUAUGAGACAAAGCCCCGUCUUCCAACUUCUCUUAGCCCAACGAUAGAAAAACAUAUAUACAUUGAACAAUUAGUUUCAAUAUCUAACGAUAAGUUGUUCCUGUUAAGGUAGAGAAGUCAUUCGGACGCAAGGGGUUGUUUUCCUAAUGGCUGUAGUGACACCAACGAGCUGUGGAGUAAUAGUAACAAUCAGAACGGAUCAAUCCUGUUACCAUUGACUGUCGUGACAUAGUUACAUUAGUUCUGGUAUCGUAAAGACUACGUCCAUCGAAUCUAAUAUACCUGUCCAAAUCAGUAAGCACAAAUAAGCACAGCAAUUGAUAGAACUCGCCGGCGAUAAGUACAUAAUGUCCGCAGAUUGUCCAGGUCGUUACGACCUACUUGCUUCUCCACUUGUGGCUAAUUUAUAUGGUCCUAUUAUUGUAAUUACGCCAAGGUGACGUCUAAUGGUCCAGCUGGGAGGAUUCAAGGCGCAGAGUCGCCGUUUGACCGAAGCGAAACUUGCUGGCUUUCAAGUUAUUGUUCCUUUCUUCUAUCGGUUUGCUUGAUCAUUUGGCACCAUAAUCUUAUAAAAUAAUAAAAAAUAACGUAUGCAUAAAAAAAAACAAUCGAUCAUGUCAGGGCUGUGCGGCAGAUUCAUGCUGCUAUCUGUUACCGCCCCCAGACGCAGAUGAAAAGCAUAGCGCAUGAGAUUGCACUAUCUUCAAAUAUACAUUGUGUUCUAAGUGGAAUAUUUUUACAUUUCUGUCUUUUUUAGUGUAUUUCUCGAUCGUUUAAAAACCAAACCUAUCCAAAACUUGCCAAAUAUCAGUUAGAUUGUCCCGACACCUCGUGGUCAUUCUUAAAUUGGAGAUUUUUAUCUUUUAGCGUUAGCAAUAAAUUUGGGAGUCAUUUCUCUUGGGCGUAAUAUAUUUAGUCAUCACUACUGACAAUGUAACUUUUUAGCUCGGCUGAUUGUGCCUGUGGAAGUGGAUUUUCUAUGGUUUAAGCUGAACAGGCGGUUGAUAUUACGUACGCGGUACGGUAAACACUGGACAUUUGUAGUGAUAUAGUAUAUCGGAGCUAUGUAAGUACGUCUUUUUAUUCUGCUUGUUUAGUCGUGGUAAAUUAAUCAUUUGUUUAUGUCAACGAUACUCUUAACGUGUUUAGCGUCGCGUUUUCUUAACACUCAAUCUCCUUACCCCCGUGUUAACGCGUCAACGCGUCUCACUGGCGCUUGGCCGGCUUAUAAAUUAGGAAUCUGUCCGGUUUCGUGCAAUGCCUAUCUUGUAUAUAGUAUAUUACGAAUGCUACUACCUCGAUAAGAAAAAGAAAAAAAAAAGGAUUCGAAUACUGAAUGGUCCUAACAGCUUUGAUUCGACCUUAAGCCAAUACGAGCAGUGAAGUGGCAUCGUACAGAUAAGUGCAACACCUACUUAGCAUAUCUUCCACUGAUCGAGGUCACCCUUGUACAUAAUAGGGCGAAGUGUAUAAUACGAUGAUUGGACUAAAAAUAGGUUACGGUACAUAAUUCGAACUAUAUUUGACAUAUGGCGGUAGUUACAUGAAACGUUGGCGGACACUGAUGUCAAAUUGAAGCUGAGAGCUGAUAACGCAUAACAUUAGACCUCUAUUCGUUGUAAUAGGUGAGGUGAGUUGAAUGGCAGCCAGCGUGGGGUCUUCAGUGGCCUACACCUUUAGUUGAGAAGCUUAGUUGAUACGAUCAGAGUACGUAUUUGUAACUAGCAAGAUGCAUAUGAUUAAGUAGAAAGAAAACAUGUCUUUAUCCAGUGUUCCUCCAUCUCUCUUUCGAGAGGGUAUGCUAAGGCGCUUUUAUUCUUUCGCUAGUUCAGGCCAAUAGUCCGGAGGUUGAUCGCGCAGCGCAUACACAAACAACGGUUUAUUGCUCAAUGUAACAUAGUGGGAAACGGAAACAACUUGGGAGAAAAACUGGAGUAGUUAUAAUUGUAGUAAGUUAUGUUAUAGUGUGCUUAGUGAGCAGCAAAUGAGACUGUUAACAAAUUUUACUUUUUCCAUAGUAGAACAAAAAAACUAGCAAAAUAUUGCAAUGAUAUUCUAUGGACGAUAAUGGAUACAAGUAUGUAGUAAGGAGGCGGCCGUCUAAAUGGUCUCUAGCUGCAUUGAACUUAGUGGCAAUUGAGUGAAGCGAACAGACGGGUUCGGGCGAACAGAGAGACUUUUCUCAGUUGCCAGUAUUGAGUGGACCUACACCAGAGAGUCGACCCCUUCUUCAGGUGAUGGCCAGUCCUUCGAUAAGAUGCCGUAAGUGAUAAAAGCAAUAUUAUAUAUACAUUGUGGCUUUGACCUAUAUCGAAGUACGUAUGCCAUUAUCUAUAACAUAAAAUAAAAAAUCAGCCCAACAGAAAGAACAGAAGCAGGAAUGCCAGCUUUCUAUGCGGAAAUUGGAUCAUUCUAUAUCGCUGUCAAGAUAAGUGUUCACUAAACGUUUAAGUUCGGCUAUGGAUGUUUGAACGAGCUAUGACGAUGAAAGUUUAAGAGAAAAAAUCACGCACUUGUUUAAAUUUUCGUGAUAAGCAUGUAAAAUACGCGUCCGUGGGAACAUAUCAGAAAACGUUCAAAGGCAAAUUUAAAUACAACGAUAGUAUUUAGAAAAAUUGAUUUCUUUCUAUAUCCGCAAAUAAAGCUGGCGACUUGAUUAGCAUCGACGCAUACUAAGAACAAGCAAUACACCUAGGAAAAAUUAAUUACUGUUGAAAAAAUACUAUUGGUAGCUUGCUAAAUGUUACAUUUUUAAACAUAAUACUUAAAUAAAGAGUCGGCGACGCGGUGGUCACUUUAUUUAUUAUUUGCUGCAGCAGCUUAUUCAUUAUUUAAAUGUACAAAAAUGUAAAUAAUGCCCCUUUGAUAUAUAGUAUGUAAUCAAAAAUGAUUCAGGUCAAGUUCACAUCGAGCACUUUUCGAUUCGUUCACAGCUUUAUUUCACGUACGCUAUCCAAUACAUCCACGUUCUACGGCAAAUGUACUCCUUCCAUUCCACAAUAAAUAACGUACCUUUUACAUUAAGUUAGUUUUUCUUGUUUUUUUUUUUUAAUCAGCGGAAACACUUCAGCACAUAUCGAUAGGAUCAUCCCUAGGAAACUCAAAUUUAACAGUGCAGAGAAAUGAGCUCUCCGCCAUCGGACUCGAUAUCGGCAAAUAAAGCUUAAACUAUUUUUUUACUGCCAGAACCAAUUAUGAUAGGUCAGUAAUGUUUCUGUGCUUAGUAAUCUAACGCUCGUCGUAACGACCCUCUAGUAGCUUCGGAGAAGACUCAAUUGAUGCACCUUAUCUUGUAUAUUACGCCCAAGUCGCGCAAUCUAGAUAUGAAUGCUAA